GAUUUCUUCUGCAUAAGUCGUGUCAGGAUACAACAGAGAAUCUGCUGAAACAAGCUUAAUUCUUGGGUCUGGAAUUCUGCUUUGUGUCAUCUUAUUAAAGGAUAUGGGGUUUUAAACUGGAAAAAAUUCUGAAGAAAAAGUGACAGCGAAACAAUCAUUUGUGAGAGUGAGUUUGUUGGAUUGUCACUGUCACAAUGGGUCUUGGAGUAUUUGGGACACUUCUGUUGGUCACUGCUGUCACCUUCAUCCUAUAUCUGGUCUCAUGGUGGCGAAAGAUAAGAAGACAAAACCUGCCCCCUGGACCUGCCCCCUUGCCGCUCUUGGGAAACUUUCUUCACGUUAACUUUGGAGAAUUUCCCCAGUCCGUUAUGAAGCUGAGCAAGACCUAUGGAUCCGUUUAUACCUUUUAUAUAUUUAAUAUACGUACAGUGAUGCUGAUCGGUUAUGAAGCCGUUAAGGAGGCUUUGAUUGACAACAGUGAUUCGUUUAGUGAUAGAGGAAUGAUGGAAAUGGGAGAUAUAUUCUUUAAAGAUUACGGUAUCAUCUUUAGCAAUGGUGAAUCUUGGAAGACCAUGCGUAGAUUCUCCAUUACGACUUUAAGAAAUUUUGGAAUGGGAAAGAAAGGGAUUGAAGAAAGAAUCCAGGAAGAAGCCAUGUACCUUGCAGAAGAGUUUAGGAAGACCCAAGAUACCUCAUUUGAUCCAACUCACCAGCUGGGGUUGUCUGUCUCUAACAUUAUCUGCUCCAUUGUCUUUGGUGAGCGAUUUGACUACAAAGACAAGAAGUUUACCUCUCUUCUGUUCAACUUGAGAGAAGUAUCAAAAAUCCUCAACUCUAACUCUGGACAGAUUGUCAACUUCUUUCCACGUUUAUCUCAGUAUCUGCCGGGUCCUCACCAGAAAAUCUACAAGUGUUUUCAAAAGAUAAAGGAUUUUUUGUUGGAUUCAGUGAAAGAUCAUAGAGAAACACUGGAUGAGAACUGCCCCAGGGACUUAAUUGACUGUUUUCUCUUGAAGAUGGAUGAGGAGAAGAAUAAUCCCAACACAGAAUUUCAUAACAAGAAUCUAGUUGGAACCAUUCAUGAUCUGUUUUUUGCUGGGACAGAGACCUCAAGUAUAACAUUAAAAUAUGGCUUCUUGAUCAUGCUUAAGUACCCGGAUAUACAAGAGAAGAUGCACAAAGAGAUAGAUUGUGUUAUAGGACAGGAACGGUGCCCAUCAAUGGAGGAUCGCAAUAAAAUGCCUUACACAGAUGCUGUGACUCAUGAGCUUCAGAGAUUUGCUGAUAUUGUCCCAUUGGGGCUUCCUCGGGGAGCCAGCAAGGACACAACCUUCAGAGGGUAUCAUAUUCCCAAGGGUACUCUUGUGCUUCCUGUUUUGACCUCUGUCUUGAAAGAUCCCAAAUACUUCAAGAAUCCUCAUCAGUUUGAUCCUGGGCACUUUCUUGAUGAACAUGGCUGCUUUAAGAAAUAUGACGCCUUCAUUCCAUUCUCUCUAGGAAAACGUGCUUGUGCUGGGGAAGCCCUGGCACGUAUGGAGAUCUUUCUCUUCCUUACAACUAUUUUGCAGAAGUUCACACUGAAAACCACAAUGAAUGUAGAAGACAUUGAAAUCACCCCAGAACCUAAUACUAACGCAACAAGACCUCGUGACUACACAAUGUACGUUGUUCCUCGUUGAUGUCCAACCAUAUUUGGUAGUCCGUUACAUUAGGAUUAUGGAUGGACUAAUAAUGUUACCCAGAAAACAAAUUAAUUGAUACAACCUAUAAUUAUAAUGUACAUAUAAGUGCUUAGGGUUUUUAUCUAUUGUUUUUUUACUACCAAUAUCUACAUAUAGUUUAGCUCAAGUAUAUAACAUUAUUUUUUAAUAUUUGAAAGAUGAAAUCAUUUAUUUCUCUAGCUAACAAAAAUAGCUUAACACUUAAAAUAGAAUAUGACUUCUUAUCUAUAAAAAAAAUCCACAAGAACAAUAAAAUGUUAGAACAUUUCUUGUACAAUUAGUAAAUUGAAUUUAUUAAACAAAAGUAAAAUUAACCAAAAUGUUGUCUGUAUAUUGAUAUUGGUUUACUUUUAUUUUGUUGUGUUUAGACCAUGCACCAUUUUCUAAGCCUCCUGUGUACAGUUUUUAUGUAAAUCCACUUGGUCAUGGUGUCUGUGGGACUAUGCACAAUAUUCUUGGUGACAAACUGACGUGAUCUAUACCAUGACAUAAGUACCACACUUACUGCCACUGAUAUAUGCUACUAUACAUCCAUGUAUCCAGCUGCUUUUUCCUGUUGUAUUACUGCAUUGUUAACCUACCUUUAAAUAAUCAUUCCAAUCAUGUUCCACUUUUAUUAUGGUAAGUAGAAUAAAUUAAUAUUAAAAUACCCCCUUUUGGGUGUUUGUAUCCUAAA